AUGGAUGCUAGAAAAGAGGGGCUGCUUCUGAAGACACUCUUCUCAGACCAACACCCACAGGUCCGCAGGUGGCUGGUCCCCUUCGUCCUUGCCUGCUCCUUCUACUUCCUCCUCUGGAUUCCUGAGGACCAACCGUCCUGGGUCAGUGCCCUGGUCAAGUGCCUGCCCAUCCUCUGCCUGGUUGUCUUCCUGUGGGCUGUGACCCCUGGUAGGAGCUCCUCUUGGCUCCUCCAAGGAGCUCUUGUGUGUUCUGCUGUGGGCGAUGCCUGCCUCAUCUGGCCUGAAGCUUUCCUUUAUGGCAUGGCUGCCUUCUCUGCUGCCCACUUAUUCUACCUCCGGGCCUUUGGCCUGUCCCCUCUGCAGCCCGGAUUGCUGCUGUACAUCAUAUUGGCCUCUCUCAUAUACUACAGCUUCCUCUUGCCACACCUUGAGCCUGACAUGGUCCUUCCUGUGUUGGCCUAUGGGCUGAUCCUGAACUCCAUGCUGUGGCGCAGCCUUGUCAGGGGUGGAAGUGCUGGCUGGGGUGGUGUGCUCUUCACAAUCUCCGAUGGUGUGCUGGCCUGGAACGCUUUCAUUCAUUCCUUGCCUUUUGCUCGCCAUGUGAUCAUGACCACCUACUAUGCAGCCCAGCUCCUUCUCAUCCUGUCAGGCCUCAGGAACCCAGGGCUCAAAACCCACUAAUGCAGAACCCAGACAACCCAGCGUUCCCUCCCAUAAGGACCUUGGUUUUUCACGUUAACCCAACCUGCAAGUGGAUGC